UUCGACUCCUGCUGCUGCUGCUCCACCCCGGCUCCCCAUGGCGCCUCUCGGCUACUGGGGGCCCCCCACUGCCACCCUGGACUGGUGCGAGGACAACUACGACCACUCGCCCUUCGUAGCCGAGUUCUGGAACACGCUGAGUAACCUGCCCAUGGUGGCUGCCCCUCUUCUCUCCGCGCCAUUCUGCGCUCGAGCCCACGUGGAGUGGAGAUACCUGUUGGCGCUUGUGGGGAUCUCAGUGGUCGGGAUCGGCUCGUGGUUUUUCCACAUGACCCUUCUGUACGAGAUGCAGCUGCUGGAUGAGCUACCCAUGAUCUACACAUGCUGCGUCUUCGUGUACUGCCUGUUUCUCAGCUUUGAGAAGCCAAACUUCAUGAAUGUUCCGUUCAUCCUCACUCUGGUGGCAUUCAGCUGCCUCGUCACAGGGAUUUACCUCCUCUUGAAGGAGCCAGUGUUCCAUCAGGUGAUGUACGGGAUGCUCGUCUGCUUCCUCGUCGUCCGUGGAGUCUACAUCGCGUUCUGGGUCCUCCCGUGCCUGCAGCCCCUCAUGUUCUCCUCGCUCGCCUCCUUCCUCCUCGGCUUCAUCCUCUGGAACCUCGACAACAACUUCUGCCCCACGUGGAGGUUAGGGGUCACCGGGUCACGACGGUCUUGGGGUCACGAGAUGUUAACUACCUCGCCUGGUAUGCAGAAGAUUGUGGGUUCGAUCCCGACUCUGACGCCUCUGUAUAUCGGGAGUUUGUAUGCUGUUCUCUCUCUCUCACCGUGGUCGCGUGGAUUUUUCUCCGGGCCCUCCGGUUGUCCCCUCCACAUGUAUAAUCAACAUCACCACACGUAUAGAGUAUUUGGCUGAUGCUAUAAAUGUCCACGUGGUAAAAUAAAAACAUAGUUUAGUUGAGGGUGACGGGUUGCUAAGUUACAGCUCACAGGGUCCGCACAGAGGUCAGACUGACAUGGGGAAUAUUGAAGAUGACGCUGAUGUUGAUGAUGUGGGCGAUGGGAUACAGGUGAUGGUGGUUGUUGAUUGUUGAUGUCUUAAUCUUUGGAAGAACGUAAUCAUCCAGGCUAUGCGAUAACUCCUCUGGCCGCUAUGGGCAGGAAUUCCACACAACUCUCUCAUUGUUCUCUACCCCAAUUCCCCCCCCCUCUCUAUUUAAGGCCUCGACACAGAGGCGUUGUCUUUCUGUUUGUCUAUGUGUGUGUCUCUCUCUGUCUCUGGGUGUGUCUCUCUCUGUGUCUCUCUCUGCUUGUGUCUAUGUGUCUCCGUGUCUGUGUUUUGUCUCUCAAAUUUAGCAAUCUUUGGAAGAACGUAAUCAGUCAGAUAGGGUGUUGACUGUUGUGUUAGCCGACUCUGUGUUGUAUUGCAUUAUAUUUCUAAGUUUACUUCAUUCUUACCUGAUGAUGGUUGCUUGUGUUGCAAUCGAAACGUCGUAUUCCAUUAUUAUUUAAUUUAUUUUCUUUCUACGUGACUUGCCCAAAAUAACCAAAGAGUAAUUCCUGCAGUCACGAGAGCUUCGAAUCUAGUUUGAAACGUCGUGAUUUAUUUUAUUUUAUACCUACGUGACUUUACUGAAAGAACCAAAGAGUAUAGUUUGAGCUUUUAUUUGGCCGGAUAGAGGGGGCUGAACAGGCGCAGCACGGGCUAGAGAAGAGAUGGAGUGAUGUGGUACAGGAGGACGUGAAGCUGAGUGGACUUGUCGAUGACUGGGACCAGCGGUGUCAAGAUCGGCCUCUGUGGAGGAGGCUCGUGAAGGACGCUACUGGGCAGUUAGAGGCAACGGAGGGAAGAGCAGAGCGCUUUGCGGUUAAAACACAGCAAGUUGGCACAGUAGGGGGCACAGGUGGUGGUGCAUCUGCAGGUCGUCUCAGUCAGUCGACCCAUGCAAACCUGCAGGGUCUGUCCGGUGACCUGCCAACGGGCAUUUGAUACUUCAUGUGGCCUUAAAGUGCACUUAGCAUGGCACAAGCGCCAUUGUGACAUCACCGCUACCUAGUGACGAAUGGCUGUUGUGUGCAUGACGAGGUGAGUGACGAGGUGAGUGUGAUGAGGUGAGUGACGAGGUGAGUGU